AGCGCCUUUGUGGAGGCAGCGGCCGGCGCGGAGGAAGUUCCGGUCUCCGCGGCGGUGGAUCGGUGGCGGCGGCUGAAGAGAAGGAGGAGCGGGCCUGGGGGGCUGCGCUGCCUCGGAAUCUGAUCCAGCCCCGAGGCGUAGCUCGAGAGGGAGCCCUUGUUGGACUUAGCGUAUAGCCUCACUGUCACGGCUGGACCAGAGGGCGCGAGCGCUCGAAGCCGGUUCCACCGAACGAUAGAACCUGGAGGUGGAGGAGUGGUCUGGUACAGCUAUAACCAGAAUUUGGUAGAACAAGGAUCUACUUAUUGGAGCCCUCUUGACACAGAAAGAAAUGUGGGGGGAUUCUCGAUCUGCUAAUAGAACAGGACCUUUUCGUGGGAGCCAAGAAGAAAGGUUUGCUCCCGGGUGGAACAGGGAUUAUCCUCCUCCUCCCCUUAAGAGUCAUGCUCAAGAGAGACACUCUGGCAACUUUCCUGGCAGAGAUUCACUUCCCUUUGAUUUCCAGGGGCAUUCGGGGCCUCCCUUUGCAAAUGUGGAGGAACAUUCUUUCAGCUAUGGAGCUAGAGACGGACCGCAUGGUGACUAUCGAGGAGGGGAGGGACCUGGACAUGGUUUUAGAGGGGGAGAUUUUUCAUCCUCUGAUUUCCAGAGCAGGGAUUCAUCACAGUUGGACUUCAGGGGUAGGGACAUACAUGCUGGGGAUUUUCGGGAGAGAGAAGGACCACCUGUGGACUAUAGGGGUGGGGAUGGUACUUGUGUGGAUUAUAGAGGUAGGGAGAUAUCUCACAUGAACUACAGAGACAGGGAUGCGCACACUGUUGAUUUCAGAGGUAGGGAUGCUCCUUCUGACUUCAGGGGUCGGGGUGCUUAUGAUUUAGAUUUUAGAGGCCGGGAUGGAGCCCAUGCAGAUUUUAGGGGAAGGGAUUUAUCAGAUUUGGAUUUCAGGGCCAGAGAUCAGUCCCGUUCAGAUUUUAGGAAUAGAGAUGUAUCUGAUCUGGACUUCAGGGACAAAGAAGGAACACAGGUGGACUUUAGAGGCCGAGGUUCAGGUCCUGCUGAUCUAGACUUUAGGGACAGGGAUACUCCACAUUCAGAUUUCAGAGGUAGGCACCGGUCCAGGACUGAUCAGGAUUUUAGGGGUAGAGAGGUGGGAUCUUGUAUGGAAUUUAAAGAUAGGGAGAUGCCCCCUGUGGAUCCAAAUAUUUUGGAUUACAUUCAGCCCUCUACACAAGAUAGAGAACAUUCUGGUAUGAAUGUGAACAAGAGAGAAGAAUCCACACAUGACCAUACAACAGAAAGGCCUGCUUUUGGCAUUCAGAAGGGUGAAUUUGAACAUUCAGAAACAAGAGAAGGAGAAACACAAGGUGCAGCCUUUGAACAUGAGUCGCCAUCAGACUUUCAGAACAGCCAAAGUCCACUUCAAGACCUGUCACAGCUUUCUGGAGGUGAACAACAGAGUUCAGAUGCUGGUCUGUUUAAAGAAGAAGGUGGUCUGGACUUCCUUGGCCGGCAAGAUACUGAUUACAGAAGCAUGGAGUACCGUGAUGUGGAUCACAGGCUGCCAGGAAACCAGAUAUAUGGCUAUGGCCAGAACAAGUCUUUUCCAGAGGGCAGAACUGCCCGAGAUGCCCAACGGGAUCUUCAGGAUCAAGAUUACAGGACUGGCCCGAGUGAGGAGAAACCAAGCAGGCUUAUUCGAUUAAGUGGGGUGUCUGAAAACACCACAAAGGAAGAGAUUCUUAACGCCUUUCGGACUCCUGAUGGCAUUCCUGUAAAGGACUUGCAGUUGAAGGAGUAUACCACAGGUUACGACUAUGGCUAUGUCUGCGUGGAGUUUUCACUCUUGGAAGAUGCCAUCGGAUGCAUGGAGGCCAACCAGGGAACUCUAAUGAUCCAUGACAGAGAGGUUACCCUCGAGUACGUACCAAGCCCGGAUUUUUGGUACUGCAAACGGUGUAAGGCCAACACUGGUGGACUCCGAUCUUCAUGUUCGUUCUGCAAGGGCCCAAGGGAAGAGGUAAAGCAGGAAUUAAUAUCCUACCCUCAGCCUCAGAAAACAUCUAUACCGGCCCUAUCAGAAAAACAGCCCAGCCAGCCCCCAAGGUCAGCUGAUAGGGAACCUGAAUCCAAGAAGCGGGAAGAAGGACAGGAACCACGCUUGGGGUACCAAAAGAGAGAAGCAGAAAGGUAUCUGCCUCCUUCUCGAAGGGAAGGGCUUUCCUUCCGAAGAGACCGAGAGAAGGAGUCAUGGUGUGGGGAGACACGCCAGGAUGGAGAGAGCAAAACAAUCAUGCUGAAACGCAUCUAUCGUUCCACUCCACCUGAGGUGAUAGUGGAAGUGCUGGAGCCGUAUGUCCGCCUUACAACUGCCAAUGUCCGCAUUAUCAAGAACAGAACCGGCCCCAUGGGCCACACCUAUGGCUUUAUUGACCUCGAUUCCCAUGCGGAAGCUCUUCGUGUAGUGAAGAUUUUGCAGAACCUUGAUCCACCAUUUAGCAUUGAUGGGAAGAUGGUAGCUGUAAACCUGGCCACCGGAAAAAGAAGAAACGAUUCUGGUGACCAUUCUGACCACAUGCACUACUAUCAGGGCAAAAAAUAUUUCCGAGAUAGGAGGGGAAGUGGCAGAAAUUCAGACUGGUCUUCAGAUACAAAUCGACAAGGACAGCAGUCAUCGUCUGACUGCUACAUAUAUGAUUCUGCUACUGGCUACUAUUAUGACCCCUUGGCAGGAACUUAUUAUGACCCCAACACCCAGCAAGAAGUCUAUGUGCCGCAGGACCCUGGGUCACCUGAGGAAGAAGAGAUCAAGGAAAAGAAGCCUACCAGCCAAGGAAAGUCAAGUGGCAAGAAGGAAACAUCUAAAAGAGAUGGCAAGGAGAAAAAAGACAGAGGUGUGACAAAGUUUCAGGAAAAUGCCAGUGAGGGGAAGUCUCCCCCAGAAGAUGUAUUUAAGAAGCCUCUGCCUCCAACUGUGAAAAAGGAAGAGAGUCCGCCUCCACCUAAGGUGGUAAACCCACUCAUUGGUCUCCUGGGUGAAUACGGAGGAGACAGUGACUAUGAGGAGGAGGAAGAGGAGGAGCAGACCCCUCCCCCGCAGCCUCGCAUAGUGCAACCCCAGCAGCGAGAGGAGCUGACUAAAAAAGAGAACGAGGAAGACAAACUCACUGACUGGAAUAAACUGGCUUGUCUGCUGUGCAGAAGGCAGUUUCCCAACAAGGAAGUUCUCAUCAAACAUCAGCAGCUUUCAGACCUGCACAAGCAAAACCUGGAAAUCCACCGGAAAAUUAAACAGUCUGAGCAGGAGCUAGCCUAUCUGGAGAGAAGAGAACGGGAGGGUAGGUUUAAAGAAAGAGGAAAUGAUCGCAGGGAAAAGCUCCAAUCUUUUGAUUCUCCAGAACGGAAACGGAUUAAAUACACCAGGGAAACUGACAGUGAUCGUAAACCUGUGGGUAAAGAAGGUAUCGACAGUAGCAGCAAAGGAGGCUGUGUCCAGCAGGCCAGUGGCUGGAGGAAGGGUACAGGCUUGGGAUAUGGCCAGCCUGGCUUGACUUCAGCAGAGGAGAAUGAAGGCCGAGUGAAGGGGCCCAAUGUGGGGACCCCAGGAAGAACUAGCAAGAGACAGUCCAACGAGACUUACCGAGAUGCUGUGAGGAGAGUCAUGUUUGCUCGGUAUAAAGAACUCGAUUAAAAAAUGGAGACCAGUCCCACAGGACACAACCUCCUUCUUGUUUUGUUUGUCCGUCUCCUUUUGUUUUGUUACUGUUCUUGCUGCUAGAACUUUUUUAAAUAAACUUUUUUUCAAUGUGAUAAUUUUUUGUUAAAUUUUUCUCCCAAAGAUGGGUGGGAGAUGAAGCUGAUGGUGGGAAAGAGGGAGUACCUUGAUAUGGGUUAUUGGCAUUAAUGCUGAAAUGGCACCAAGUAGUACACUGUGCCCUGCUGUCAAUGUGAGUGGUUGGGUUGCAGUGACCUUUGAACCCUAGCUUUUGUGAAUGCUGUCAGAUUUUUUUAAAUUAUUUUUCUAGUCUUAACAGUGAAAAUAGCAUCUCUUUAUUGUUUGUUUUUAUUUCUUUGAUAACUGCUGGGGUUGAACAUGUUUCCGUGUUUGGUUUACUACUCAUUAGACCUUUGAAAGUCCUCUUCUGACAUCCCUAUUGUUAUGGGGGCAGUGGGACAACUUUUCCUGAGUGCCUGCUGAGUGCUCAGUGCUUUUACACAUUGUGAUCAUGGCGUAGUAGGCUUAACCAUUCCCUUGCAGCCACUGCCCGAGCUCCUCCUCCCUUCGUAGCUAAAACUCUCUAGAGGUGUUUGUGCCCUCUUUCUCAGUUUCCCCACCAUCAUCACGCAUACCAUUUUGCAGAAUUUCCUUCAAGGUGAGGUUUUUUUUUUUCUCUUUGCAAUUAAAAGGACCGUAUUCUGUGAACCUAUUAUAUGUAUAUUUUCCAGAUAAUUCCUCAAGGUAACGUUACAGUAGUGAGAACUGUACUUUGCAGUUGUCUCAGGAAAAAUGUUUCUUAAGAAGAGAACUGAGUGUUUAGAAGAGCAUCUUGAUGGUGUAAAUUUUUCUCUAAAGGGCCAAAAAGUCAAUAUUUUGGGCUUUGCGGGUUAGAUGAUCUCUGUCACAACUACUUAGCUCUGCUGUUGUACAGAAGCAGCCAUAGGCCACACAUAAACAAGUGGUUGUGCUCCAGUAAAACUUUAUUUAUAAAAAGGGAUAGCAGGCUGGAUUUAGUUGGCCAACCCCUGGUCUAAGAGCAUGAUCUAGAUACAGAAAGGCAGGACUAAGGAUUGAAUUGUACUCUUAAAAAAGAGAAGGAAUCUUUGGCAUUUUUGGAGGGAGAUGGGUGGGGCAGUGAGGAGUGGGAAUAUGCCAAGGGGAAAACGUGGCCAGUGAGAUAUUUCUAGCAACAGGAAUGACAAAUGUGUAUUAAAUUGUUUACCAUGCCCAGAUAUAAUCCUUUUCUCUUAACCUUUAAUAAACUUGUUCGCCCCUCAAAAAGGAAAAGAAAACCAAAAAAAAAAAAAUGAGAGCACAUUGGCUUGGAAUUGAGAGCCUCAGGGGGUCUGGGCUAGCUACAGCUAGUGCAGCCUUGCAGAAGAUGGGCCAUUUGAGCUGCUCAGCCCCAGACAGGUGCACUUCAAGAGUCCUUCUGGCUCUGAUCGAUGCUCUGCAGGUGCAUUCGUGGUGGUCUUCUAUCUCAUUACUUUCUGUCUGCCCUUCACUGUGUAGGUCAAAACCCUUUUUGGAAUGUGGUCCAGUUUUGUACUGAACCCAACAGUCUAGGUUUUUCUUCUAACCCUGUGUCACCCUGCUGGGCCUAGAGUGAGCUCUGGGAUACAUUCUUGAAGACUCCUGUAGAGGAUACUUAGUUGGCCCAGGCUAUUGGCAGCUCAGCAGAGGUACCAUCAAAUUAUUAAGUGUUAAUUCUAUAAAUGUUUUGAGAGCCUUCUCUGUUUCUCACUGGGGUUUAUAGUAAGGUCACUGUUUGUCUCUGUGUCUGUGGGACUCUGUCCACUGGGGAAGAUGGAUAUUGAACAAUUAUUGACGUGAUGGGAGCCUUGAGGAAGAAGUGCAGCAAGCUAUUAAGAUGGCAUGAUACAGACUUGACCUUGUUUGAUGGCAGCAGCGUCUUUCCUGAAGGAAGUGUUUAAGCUCAGACCUCAGAGACUGAAUUGGCCCAUUGCCUAGUUUUUUUCCUACUUUGGUCUUAAAAGUUUAAUAAGAGAUUUUGCUGUUGCAAAUAAGGUCUAAAGUAGGAGUGGGUGUAUAAAAAGUGUGUCACCCUAUGAUGUCCUUGGUAGUUCCUUGAGGCCUUUGAUCAGAAGGCCAGCUACAUGAGGGCAGGGAUCUUGGGUUGUUUUCUUCACUACUGUAUAACUAGGGCCUGGCACCGGGUGUAACAUGGUAGGUGCUUAAUAAAUGAGUUAAUAAUGCUGAGCUCAUAUGCCUAUGGGAAAUAUUUGUUUAAAUUUAGAUUGUAUAUCUAUUUCAGUUCAUCAAAACCCAUCUGUGAGAGAAGAAAUUAGUUUAUUGUACAGGUAAGAGUUCUUUCAUCAAUCUUGUUUCUUUAUAUUCUGUAGCAGUGAUUUCCAGCCUGGGACCAAAACAUGUGAACCAGUUUUUUAUUUUGCCGAAUGGUGGGAGAUUUUUUUUUUUUUUUAAGACCUGUAAUCAUUUUAUCCAAAAAAAAAAACUUUUUUACAUCAAAAGAGUUUAUUCUAUAUUGAACAUACAUGGCUUCAUUAAAACACAAACCAAAAAAAAAAAAAACCCUCAUUGUCUUUGUUUUUCUUAGUGAGGGGACUUGUUACGCUUUUCCAGACCCAUAUCAGCCCCCAUACAGAUGUUUGGGAGUACAACUCAAGCACAACAGCUUUUCCUUGAGGUGCUUGAGCACCAGGGCCGUGUCCACACAGAAUUAGCAGCCAGAGGCAGUUUGGAGGAUGGCACUUCCCUCUGGAUGAAGGCCAUCCUUUUUUCUAGGGGCCUCCCUGAAGUUUGUUUUAGGAAUGAUUUUGUGCCAUUUAUGAACAGCCAUAUACCUUUUAUAGCUGGUAAUGAGACCAGCUCAGCAAGCAGUGAAGGGCUGCUCAGAAGUGCUUGUUGAACUGCUUUGGGGAACAAGAUAGUCAACUGCUUUUCGCUGUUCAGUCUAGUGGGUUCUGGAUUCUUGACAUCUGCAUCAUCCACUGUUUAACUUUUUUCUUUAAAGAGUUGAGUGCCUUCUGUGGUCAGAUACAUGAACUUUUUUCUGAUUAUAAAAGGUUUACAUAUAUAUACUUCAAAGUUGUGUACUCCCUUUAUAGAUAGACAAGUGAUACAGAUGAAAAAGUAGAAGUUUGUAUAGAUAGAAAAGUAGGCGAAAAUACACAUAUAUAUACAUACCAAACCAAACCCGUUCCUGUUGAGUCAAUUCUGACUCAUAGCAACCCUAUAAAAACCCGCUGUCAUCCAGUUGAUUAUGGCUCAUAGUGACCCUAUAGGACAGAGUAGAACUGCCCCAAUAGAAUUCCCAAGGAGCGCCUGGUGGAUUUGAACUGCCAACUCUUUGGUUGGCAGCCAUAGCCCUUAACCACUACACCAGAGUAAAACUGUCCCAUAGGGUUUCCAAGGCUGUAAAUCUUUACAGAAGCAGAUUGCCACACUUAUAUCCCAUGGGGUGGCUGGUGGGUUCAAACCACCACCCUUUCAGUUAGCAGCCAAGCUCUUUAACCACUGCACGGCCAGGGUUUAUAUGUGCAUACAGGUAGAGAAAAUAAAUUACCUAUCAUUCCAGAAUGCAAAGAGAUUUCUACGUUUCCAUCUAGUGUCAUGUGUUAGUUUCUAUAAAAAUGGUGUGGCAGAGGCGUCUGAUUUCUAACUUCGUGAGCGGGAGAGAAUCAGCAUCAACAGCCCAAGGCUGAAUCCUGUGAAGGGGAGAUCAGAUAUAACUCCUCUCUCCAAACUUUUACCAAUUUCAACACCAGCUGUCCCUCCGUGGUUCUCUCUUCUUCUCUGCUGGAUUCAAUAAUUCGUUGCAAUGGCCACAUAGAACUCACACAAUAUGAUUAUGGGGUUAGGGAAGUAAUGGGGUACAAUUCAGGAUCAGAAAUGACUCAGGAUACAAUGCUUUGAUCAGGGCAACCUCCUCUCAGCCCUGCCUGCAAGCAGGCCUCUGGCUCUUGGCCUCUUGGCCUCACGGCCUCGCCUCUGCCCUGCUCAGGAAAGUGUUAACAAAGCUCCUAGUUCUUGAGUCAGCAAGCCUUAUCGCAGCUGCCUCCCAUUGGUUUCCUGGUUCCUGUCAUCUUGUGCAGCUAUCACUUGCUACUGCUGUGCCGCCAUCUUUGACUGUCUUCAGUGUCCUGUUUCCUGCGUUUAGAAAGUUCUCAGCACAGGGACCCUGGAUCCAAAGGAUGCCCACCGCUCCUGUCUCCUCUUGGUAGUAGUCAGGUCGCCUACCCCCCACCUCUGGAGUGGCUCAUUUUAAGCCUGGUGGGGUAGCAAAAACUGACCAAUUCCCUUGUUAGGGUUCCAUACACCUUAUUUGCAUGGUCCCACCUCCAUAAGGGUGCCAUGUGCCUUAUUUGUAUUAUUAACAAGCUAUCUGUCAUGAACUGUGUCCCCAAAAAAAUAUGUGUCAACUUGGUUAGGCCAUGAUUCCCAGUAUUGCGUGGUUGUCCUCCAUUUUGUGAUUGUAAUUUUAUGUUAAAGAGGAUUAGGAUGGGAUUGUAACACUGUUACUAAGGUCCUGUUCCUGAGCCAGUAUAAAGGGAGUUCCCCUGGGGUGUGGCCUGUACCACCUUUUAUAAGAGAUAAAAGGAAAGGGAAACAAGCAGAGAGUUGGGGACCUCAUACCACCAAGAAAACAGUGCCAGGAGCAGAGCGCGUCCUUUGGACCCAGGGUCCCUGCAUGGAGAAGCUCCUAGUCCGGGGCGGGGGAAGACUGAUAAGAAGGCCAGCAGAGAGAGAAAGCCUUCCCCUGAAGCUGACCCCCUGAAUUUGGACUUUUAGCCUACUUUACUGUGGAGAAGUAAAUUUCUCUUUGUUAAAGCCACCGACUUGUAUUUCUGUCGUAGCAGCACUAGAUGACUAAGACAUUAUCCAGUCCCCCUUGGUGGGCCACAAGCACCUUAUUUGCGUAGUCCAAGUAAGUUAUAAGACUAUGGUGAGAAACGCCAUAUAAAAGCGAUCCAUCACACCACAGUUACCCAAAGAGUUUCCAAUGUCAGACAUUUAAUGCCCUUGAUAUGGAAGAAUAAGCCAUAGUUAGGAACACGUUUAAAAAUGCUUUUCCAAGAAAAAGAUCUUAUGGAACAGUUGAAACUCCUGAUUUGGAAUCUUUUCACUGUUUUUCUUUCACUUCUUGAGAGGUUUCUUCUUAUCUAGAAAGAAAGGGAAGAGAGCAGUAUAGGUGUGGUUUUCCAUGACAUCUUUCUGCCCUGUCAUGGUCUAGUUUUUCAAUCUGUGUGACCUGAAAAAUCACUUAUUAAAAUAAUUUAAAUAAUAAAUUAUUAAGUUGAUAAAGUUAUAUUUAUAAAAUCAUAAAUGUAUAUAAUGUCAGAGGGCAAAUUAUACUAGCUGGAUGCAUAAGAAAACCACCAAUCUCACUGACCAGUCAGGGUCCAAAACAUCCAAGGGUCCUUACUUCUUUACACCACAAAUGUUAAACUUUCAGCUUUGGUAGUAGAUUCAUUUGCCCAUCACAUAUUUAUUGAGUGCCUACUAUGUGCUACGUACCAGUAGAGGCACUAGCAAUAUAGUUGUGAACUAAAUUGCAGUGCAAUGGGUCACUUUUAUGUGGCCUUCCUUGCCAUGGUCUUGUAACGCCUACCCAAGUGUUUGGGUGGGACUGUGCAAAUAAGAUAAUUGUGACCCACCAAGGGGAUUGGUCAGUUUUGCCAUUCCACUGGGCUCGAAAUUUCCCAGUGGCAGGAAAGAGAGGACCCCACCACCACCAAGGAAAGACAGCCAGGAGCCAGCAUGUCCUUUGGACUCAGGAAUCUGUACUGAGAAGCUCCUGGAACCAGGAGAAAGCUGUAACACUGAAGGCAGCAAGAAGCAGUGGCAGAGACCUGACAGCUGAAACCCGGAGGCAGGAGAUAGAGUCUUGGGCUUCCCAACCCACAGAGAGAGAAAACAGAGUGCCUUCAGGCAGAGGAUGAGGGCCAGGAGAAGAGUGCCUGCGAGCAUGUCUGGGAAGAGGCUGUCUUGUUGGAAGGACUGUAUCCUGAGUGUUCCUGAGCCUGAAUUGUAACUGUUACUUUCCUAAUAAACCCCAUAAUCAUGAGUAUUGUCUGUGAAUUCUAUGUGGCGAUUGCAAUGAAUUAUCCAACCCAGCAGAGAAGUAGCCAGUGCCACGGAAGGGAGGGUUGGUGUCAGAAUUGAUAAGAAAAGGUUGGAGAGGAGGCAUGUCUGACCUCUGCCUCAUCGGAAUCCACCUUGGGCUGUUGAUCUUGAUUCUUCUUCCCCCUUGUGAAGUUAGAGGAGGUCAGAUGUCGCCCCACACCAUUUUUGCAUAAGUAAACAGACAAAAGUCCUGCUCUCCUGGAGUUUACAUUCUAGUGGCUGAGGGCCCAGACUGAAACCAAAUUUACUGUGGUCAUGUGCUCCAUAACAUCCAUUUGGGCAACAUUCAGCUGCAUGUACAAUCGUGCUCCUGUAAGGUUAUAAUACCCAAAAAAAAAUCAAACCACACCCAUUGCCGCCGAGUCGAUUCAGACUCACAGGCACCCUUAUAGGGCAGAGUAGAACUACCCCAUAGGGUUCCCAAGGAGCAGCUGGUGGAUUUGAACUGCCAACCUUUUGGUAAACAGCCAUAGCUCUUAACCACUGUGCCACCAGGGCUCCAAGGUUAUAAUAGAGUCCAGAAGUCCCAAUCAGAGAAUGGGACAAUGGGACGUGGCAAAUGUAACUGGACAUAGCGAAUGCAGCAGCUUUCUACACGCAACAUGUGUACCUCAUGUCUCUUGUAUACAAAACGAUUGUGCUGCCAGGAGUAUAAUGGUUGUGGUGCAGUGAAUUACUUAACAUGGCCCUUCUAGCCCAUAGUUUUUGUAACUCUCACCAAAUGAUUGGGUGGAAUUAUGCAAAUGAAGUACUUGUGGCCCACCCAGGGAGUUGGAUAGCUUGCUAUUAAUGUAAAUAAGGUGCAUGGCACCCUUGUGGGGCGUGGGACCAUGCAGAUAGGUGUAUAGAACCCUAACAAGGGGAUUGGUCAGUUUUGCCAUCCUGCUAGGUUUAAAAGAGAGCCAAUCCCAGAGCAGAGGGGGAACUAACUAUCACCAAGAAGAGGCAAGAGCCAAGUUCAUCCUUUGGACUCUGUAUCCCUGCCCUGAGACCCUCCUAGAACCAGGAGACAGAGAGAACUGUAACAUGGGAGAGAAGGCGGUGAGAAGCAGUCACAGAGAAACAGUGGCAGCAGAGGCAGCAGAAUCAGGGCACCAGCAGGAGACAGCAUGGUGAGCUCCCAGCCCACAGAAUGAGAAAGUUGAGUGCCUUUGCACAGGAGGUUUGCUGGCCGAGUGGGGUGCCUCUGGUGCCGUGCCAGAGCUAUGCUUGCCAACUCAGAGCAAGAAAGCUGAGCACCUUUGGGCUGAGGCUUACUGGCAGAGUGGGGUGGCUCUGGGCACUUUUGGCAGAGCUAAAGAGAUUUGUAAGACUUGCCCAAGUAGGGCAGAGGCCAGGUCAAGGGGCUGAGGGCCAGAGAGAGGCCUGCCUGUGGGUAUGGCUGAGAAGAGUCUGUCCUAAUCGAAGAACUGUAUCCUGAAUUGUAACCUGUUACUUCCCUAAUAAACCCCAUAACUGUGAGAAUGAUCUCUGAGUUCUGUGUGGCCAUUGCAAUGAAUUCUUGAACCCAACAGAGAAGUAGAGAGUCUCAUGGGAAGGACGGUUGGUGUCAGAAUUGGUAAGAAGGUUGAAGAGGAGGCAUGUCUGACCUCUGCUUCAUAGCAGUCAACCUUAAACUGUUGAUCUUGACUCUCCUUCCCCCCUUGUGAAGUCAGAGGAGGUCAGACACCUCCUCCGCCACACCAUUUUUACAAUGGUACAGGACAUAUAUAACCUGUGAUACCUAUGUCUUGAUAAUCAUAAUAAAUGCCUAUGUUGCUGGCUUCUGUAUGUACUGUACUUUCUAUUGGUAUUUUAAUGUGAAUUUUCCCUACUUACAAAUAAAAAAGUUUACCUUAUAACAGCGUAUGCUUUGACUCAUAGACAGCAGCAUCCAAUCUCGUGUAUUAUGCAUGUCUUGAGUAUUGUAGCAUUACCUAUUUAAUUUUCUUUAAAAAAUGUGCUUACCGUGAAGUGCGUCGUGGCUCCCAAAAACAGCAAAACCAAUCCUGGUGAUAGCAGCAGCAAAAGGCAAAAGAGAAGUAUUGAUUUGGAAGUGAAACAAAAAGUUAUUAAACACAUGGAGGUAGAAAAUCAGUGAAUGUUAUUGCUUGCAAUUUAGGUAGGUUUGUACAACAUCUGAAUCACAUAACAUCCUAUUGCACAGAAUGUAUCAUGGAUAUUAAGGGACACAUGCCUGUAGUUCAUAUCCCAGCUCCACCACUAUUAGCUAUGUGACUUGUUUUUGUAAAACUAGUAAUGAUGGCUUUAACUAGGGUGGACAGCAGUGGAGGCAGCUAGAAGUUGUUGAAUUCUGGGUAUCUUGGAGGUAGAGUCUACAGGUUUUCUGGCAAAUUAAGUGUGAGAAAAAAGGAGUCAUAGAUGACUCUUACGGUUUUUGUCCUCAGUCAACUGGAAGCGGGGAGUUGCCAUUUUUUUACUGAGCUAGGGAAAUCUAUGGAGGGAGACAUAUUGGGUUCGGCUGUGUUAACUUUGAGAUGCCAAUUCAACUUCCAAGUAGUAACUGUUAAAUUGUUGCCGUUGUGUGCCAUCAUGUCAAUUCUGAAUCAUAGCGACCCUAUGUGACAGAGUAGGCUGUAAUCUUUAUAGGAGCAGAUCACCAGAGUCGCUGGUGAGUUCG